UUUUCGGAUGACUGUUGCUUUUUUGCACAUUCAUUCUUUGUUUCUGGAUGGAUAAUAGGGGAAGGAAAAAAGACAUUGCUUCCCGCGUUUCCCAUGUCCUAAUUUUCAUUAAUGCAAUGCGUGCAAGCUAUGCUUAAAUCUUUAAGCUUUGGCCUCCACUACUAUUCCCACCACCACCGCCACCACCACCACCACCACCACCACCCCACUUCUUGGUCCUUGGCGGUUAUAAUUAUCUUUAAGCUUCUUCAUUCUUCGAUCACCUCUCAUUCUUUUUCUAUUCUUUUUUUUUUUUUUUUGCUACCUUAUAUAUGUAUAAUAAAUCAAUAACAUAUCGCAUUUAUAAUAUUGCUUUUCCUUCUUUAUUAAGAAUACAUACAUGCCUACCACCUUUUUAUCAUUAAUUCUCUUUCUUUUGAGUUAUGUCUUACUUUUGACAAAGGUUCAAACAGGUUUAAACUUGUAGUUCUCUCUCUCUCCCCCCCUCUAUAAGGGUUCUCAUAUUUUAUUUCUGGCCAGUUUUUAAGCCUUCCAAAUUCAGCAUUCUUUUUGUGGUCAUCUGUGUUGAUUCUGUCAUCUUUUUUGCCUUUGCAUAUAGCUUAUAUUAUUUCUUUUUUCCUCUUUGAUUUGGAGUUUUCAUUAUUAAUUAAAUAAAGUAGCUUCUCUGGUUUUCAAGAUUCUACAAUCAGGGUGUUUUGUCCAUUGAAAGGAAAUUCCAAAGGUGGACUGCUGCACGAAUUUGGUUUUGUUUAGAUCUGAAUUCAAGACAUGGGGGGUCAUGUGAGCAAGAAAACAACUGAAGCAUCAUCCUCUGCUAUUAAUAUCCACAACAACCUCCAAUACAUAACUGAAUUGAGUUCCUAUGAGGCUGCCUGCAAGCUUGAUGAGGACUUGCAAUCAUUUGAUACUUCUCUCCAAGUUCGUACCAAUCAUGUUAUAAAUACUCUUGCUGUUGGUGUUGAAGUUCGAUCACUUUCUUUUGAUUCGUUGAAAGAAGUCACUGAAUGCUUAUUGGAAAUGAAUCAAGAAGUUGUUAAAGUUAUUCUUGAAUGCAAGAAAGAUAUCUGGAAGAAUCAGGAAUUAUUUGAACUUGUUGAGGAAUACUUUGAGAAUAGCUUGCAAACUCUUGAUUUUUGUACUGCAUUAGAGAAGUGUUUAAAGCGUGCUCGCGAUAGCCAGUUGUUUAUCCUUGUCGCGCUUCAACAAUUUGAAGAGGAAAAUGAAGCUGGAGGGAAUAGGUACGUGAAGACUUUGGAAGGGUUGAAGAAUUUCAAGUCAGCAGGUGACCCUUUCACUGAGGAAUUUUUUCAGAUCUUUCAGUCUGUUUAUAGGCAACAGAUGUUGAUGCUUGAGAAGCUGCAACAUAGAAAGAAUAAACUUGACAAGAAACUCAAGUGCCUUCAUGCUUGGAGGAAGGUAUCAAGCAUAAUCUUUGUUGCUACAUUCGCUGCAGUAUUGAUUUGCUCAGUUGUGGCAGCAGCUAUGGCUGCCCCUCCUGUGGCAGCUGCUCUUGCUGCUGCAACAUCAAUCCCAUUAGGCUCAAUGGGGAAAUGGAUUGAUUCAUUGUGGAAGAAUUAUGAAAAUGCACUGAAGGGAGAGAAAGAGUUCAUUAGCACAAUGCAGGUGGGGACUUAUGUUGCCAUAAAGGAUUUGGACAACAUUCGGGUUCUCAUCAAUCGGUUGGAGAUAGACAUUGAAGCACUGAUGCACAAUGCAGAGUUUGCAAUAGAGCAGGACGCUGUGAAGGUCGCAAUAGUGGAGAUAAGAAAAAAGUUGGAUGUGUUUAUGAAGCAUAUUGAAGAUUUAGGGGCACAAGCUGAUACUUGCAGUCGCGACAUUCGAAGGGCGAGGACUGUGGUUCUGCAAAGGAUCAUCAAACACCCCAACAACUCAAGUGUUUCACUCCAUUAAUAUUCUUACUCUGUCUAGGCAGCAACACAAGUUUUUAGUUUCCAUUUUGAAAAUUGUUUAUUAUUUCAUUAUUGUAAUUAUUGAUUGCUAGUAUUACAGAAUUGUAUCAAAUGGUUGGUUUCUUGCUACCAAUAGUGUGAUGAGCAAAAUUAAACCAUGAUCAUGAUGUCUUUGACAGUUUGUUCA